AUGGCGCGACGACGGAAUCGUAACAAUCGCCGGCGUCCUCCUGCUGCGAAUAAUAAUAAUGACAAUAAUGGCGGCAUUCCCAGUCCGGGCACAGAAAGCACGCCUCCCUCUGUCUUCUCCCCCCCUCCUGCUGCUGCUGCGAAUAUUAAUGACAAUAAUGGCGACGAUUGCACGCUUCCAUCAUCUGACUACACCCCAACCACACCCAACUACAGCAGCGACGAUUGCACGCUGCCAUCCGACUACACCCCAAGAGCACCCAACUACAGUACAUGUAGCGACGAUGAUUCGCUGCCUCCUCCACUUGCCUUGAGUAACCAAAAUUUGGUCGGCAGCAGUAGCAGGAGUGCCAACCAAGACUGCAAUGACGGAAUGCCCAAUCUGCUUGCUCGUGGCAGUGGUGACGAGGCAAGAGUUAGAAAUGAACGAGCCGUAGCGAGUUCUUCUGGAAGUGAUGAUUGCGAUGAUGAGGAUUUUGUCGACAACACAAGUGAGGAGGAAGAGGAUGAUGGAAGUACCGAUUCUCCUCCUCCCUUGGUCUUGUCCAGCCGACGCUCCAAUAGUCCCAGCAGCAUCAGCAGCAGCAGCAAUGACGAGGAUGACGAAAAAAUCUGUCCAGUCAUUGCCUUGGGAGACUACGUGGUCUAUCAUUUGGGAGGAAAUAAUACUCAAUGGCUGCAGGGUCGGGUAGUCAAAGUGAAAAUCAGAAAUAUCAAAAAGAGAAACAAAACGCAAGAGAAAAAGACUUGCCGCGUGUAUCACAUUCAACCAUUGGAUGGCAGACCCAAACACCCCAUUGAAAUUCAGGACUCGGAUAAACACAACGAGAUUGCCCUGGAUCCCAUGGAGGGAGCUGUGUUGAAUUUUCGCCAAGGGGACAAGGUUCUGGUGUUGCUGGCGAAAAGCAAAGUUCCAGCAAGAAUUGCCAAGUAUCUCGCCCUCAAACCACGCAUGAAUGAACAGUGGCAGCAUGCCACAGUUGAAAAGGUCUGGCCUUUUAUUCAAGGCAAAUCGCCGCAAACCUAUUCGGUCAUCUUGGACAAGGUGCCUCCGGAAGAGAAGGGAAAAUGUCCUAUGUCCUUCGAAAUGGAAGAUACGGUCACCUUGGACAAGGUGCCUCCGGAAGAAAAGGAAAAAUGCCCUAUUUUCCUUGAAAAGGAAGAUCCCUUGGCCCUACGCAUGCGCCACGGAGCAACAAGUCAAGGAGAUUUGUUCCAACCAGGCCAAGCAGUCGAGUGUCUUGUAGAGGGGGCAGAGACCAGUGAAGAGGGUGCUUUUCCUUUCCAUCUGUUUUCGACGGACCAUCGGUUGCCCACCGACAAUUAUGCAGCCUACUUUGUCAUGAUCAUGUCCAGCGGGGGCACUUUGGAAAGGACAGCUGGCAAGUGCAGGAGUGUCAUUGUGGACGAACACGUCCCUUGUUUGAUUCGACCGCGCAGCCAACGCAUUUUUUCAAACGAGGUUGAACCCUGUUCCGAUGUUCGCACUUUAUUGCACCAAGGAAUGGAACACAACACGCGAUUGUCCUUUUUCCGAGGAUUGGACAAGAGCAAGCAGGCUGGUCAGUUGGUCUUGAACAGUUGUCCCGAUUAUUGGGUUGCCCAAGCAAUCAAGGCGGGAGCAUACGAUGCUCUUUUGUGGUUAGAACAAGAUCUUGGGGUGAAUUUGGACAGUUUUGUCUUGCCUCAAACAAGUAAGAAUGGUCAUCAGCAGCAUAGUACUAGUAGUUUUCGAGGACGGGGGCUGCUGCAUUGCUUGGUGGAUUCGCCCAAGGCGAGACAAUUUUUUUCCGCCUGGGCUGCUCGGUCCCACGGAUACUACCAGGAACGCACCAAGGGAGACAAGGGGAAAACUCAAGAUUUGCUGUUGAAGUGUUUGACAUACGACAGUGAUGCCAGUGCGUCGAGACAGAUGCCACCGAUGUCAUUGGCCAUUAGAGAUCAGGACGGUCAGACAUUCUUUCACGCCAUCGUCAAGACAAAAGAUAUCUCCAUUUUACAGAGCGUCGUUGCCCGAAGCGCCAGCGGGAAUUGCCAACGCCUAUGGGAUCUUGUGCAUGUUUUCAAUGAAAAUGAACCAUUGGUGAUGGUGAAGGACGACCAAGGGAUGACGCCUGCCGAUUUGGCGCGGUCUUUGCAAGAGUUUCGAAUGGCUCGAAUCUUGGAUAGAUUUGCCGCCUCCUGUUGCGUCCAUUUCUAUAGUCGCAACUUGCGCUCAGGCGCGAUUGUUGGAGUCAUCAGGCCACCAACGCUAUACGGUCUCGUGAGAGACGACACAAUGAAAGAAACGAUUGAAAACCAGAUUGCAAGAGAGCUUCGAUUCAUGCAUAGAGAGUACGGUGGCGAACACUUUGUGUCGUGCGGCGAGGCCUUUGCCAUGGCUGCUCAAGCUGGCGACCUCGAGCGUCUCCGAUACUUGGUUGAGCGCAACAGAUCGUCGCUGCGAAGCACGAAACGAAAGGUAGUAACCACAGCGGACAAGGGCGAAUUCACUUGGCGUCAUUUUCGGUUGCUUGGAAAAACACCGAGUGGAAAACCUACGGCCACGGAAGACCUUGACCUCGUGGCGUGUGCUGUGCAUGGCCCGUCAGCGCUGGCGAGACAUUGGCCUCUGCUGGAACAAGACGAUGUGUCCGUCGCGGAGGUUGCCAUGAAGGAGCGCUAUUGGAAUUUCAUUUUUGGCAACGAAGGCGCUACCCCUGAAUGGACUGGAAAACAUGUGUCGAGCGAGCCAUCUGGGGACCUCGAGGCCUUUCUCAAAGGAACGGGGUCGUCUUGUCGAGUCAGCAACUUGAUGAAGCGCCACAAGUCCACAAUUGUUCACGAUGACGACAACCUUGGGAAACGUUUGGAUGUCCUUCGCUACCUCAUCCGGGAUUUGAGGCUCCCUCCACCAAGCGUGGUAGAUUGUUUGCGAUGGCGCCAGUGCGGGGUUGUCCGUUCCUUGAUGGAACAGUCGCUACUCAGGCUUCACGACACCGUCGAAACCAACAAGGAGCUGAGUGCAUUCCUGCUUCAAGGCGGAACAAGUUGGCUUUCCAGCGGGAAAACUUCUCUCGAAGCCGGUCUCAAGUCCCUUACCGUUGGUCAAACAAUCUGCUUCUUGGCAGUAGAAUUCGACGACCUUCAAACUUUUGACUUCGUGCUGAGCUCUGGGAAUGUCAGCCCAUCAAUUUGUUUUCAAGGAUGGACCUUGCUGCAUGUCAGCGCUUUUUACAGCCGUCGAGAGAUUUCAGCCUACUUGGUCCGGGUAUGCCCAUCGCUUGUGAAGGAGAAGCUCGCGUAUUCCCGAUUCGAGGAGGGCAAGUAUGCUUCCCAUAUUGCCAUUGAACAAGGGGAUCUACUUCUUGCACAGUUCCUCGUGCAGUCAGGUUGUCCCUCGCUGGAUUCAAAGCAGAAGCCGCUUUAUUGGUAUGGAGAGCAAAACCCAAUCAAUUCUGAAAUUCGCGAAUGGUCCGAUCAAAACAGAGAGCGUGAAAAGUUCGAAGGCACCAUUAGCGCUUUGAAUGCUUUGCUUUUUUCCAACAAGAUUCACGAGCCGAAUGCUUGGAAUGAAAUCAAAUCAUUCAUAACCUCUCACAAUUGCUUUGCGGACGACGCAUGGAAGACAGCCGGUUAUGAAGACCCCGACAAGCCAUGCAAGGGAACAAGCUUUUGGGAUAUUGUGGAUCGGAUUGCCGAGACCGCAAACGCCUCUUUCAUGCUAUGGUUCUACGAACAGACGUUGCCUGACUCCUACUUCGACGUUGCCAGUCACCAUCCCUUCUGUCAAAAGAUGCGCAGCUUUUGGAAGCGGGCAGUACCCGGUGCGAACGAUUUGGACGGCAUAAUGAAGGCGAAGGGCAAGAAAGGGCUGAAAGAAUACUUGGAGCAAACCAAGAAGAUCGUAGGGCCAAAGGCUUUUUCGCCCCUCGAAAGUCUCGCUGAGAAAAUGGCGAGCACCCGGAGAACGGGCGAGGCUAGAAUUGCUGCGGCGCCUUUGGACCCUGUUUUUGUCCGACUUUGGAACAAGAUUCAGUAUCGUCGCAAAACGAAGCUCGUCGAAGCCUACCAGCUCAAGAAGCAAGAGCUCCUGUUUCAAGAGUUUGUAACAGACCUACUCAUUUCUUCGAAGUCGUUGCUGGAGAAGCACAUUUCUGACGGGUCGUCGAAAGAUGUUCUGGACGAGUCAUUGCAUAACCUGAUUUCGUGUGCUGAUCUCUUGAAGAAAAUUAGCCCGUCGCAUCCAUUACUGGAUGUCGGCAACAGCAAUUUCUGGGGCUCCAGUGCUUUCCUACCGAACGGUCGCAUCAACAGCCAGUUCGAAGCACCAGGAGCUGCCGGGUCGGUUGCACAGCGGCUUGGAAAUGCGUUGGGCGUGGCAAUUUCAAAUGGGCAUGUUCAUGUGUUGGAGUGGCUACCUGAUUUGUCUGAACACCAGAGGCGACGAAUGCUCCGUCUCGCUGGCAUGCACGGACAAAGUGGCAUCAUUGACCACUUGUUGCAACUUUCAGGUGGCUGGGAUAACGGAGAGACGCAGGGUGGGAGGUAUCUUUCUGCUGCAUUGGGGGCAGCAGAAGCAGGCCAAUCCAGUGUCGAACAUUACUUCCGCGAGGCAAGGAAGCGAGUACAUGAUCCCACCGAACUGUCGCAAAUCUUCAGUAGCGCAGUAUUGGGCCUGUACUCGCACGUGAAUGGCGAUGGAAGCGAGGAUGGUGAGGACUAUACUCGACACUCUGCAUGUAUCAACUGGCUGGGAUCCCAGCCAGAAGUUCAAAAGUUUGACGGCGUCGUUAUGGCAAAGAAAAUGAGCACCAAAAACCGCACGGCCUUGAACUUGUUCGUCGAGAUUUUCAAGCUUCUGGAUGCAGACGAGAUAUGGAAGAACCAGUUCGAAAUUUUGAACAUGUGCAGAGACCUUCUGUGCCGAUAUCAGAAUUCUCCCGUCGAUGCGGAAGCACUUGCGGACCUCGUUGUCUUUUUGGCAAACAGCGGAGUCGAUAUUCAGUCUGUCCUAGUUGACAUCUUGGCAGAUGGCGGAAUCGAUAAUAGUCCCGUUUCAAGCGAAAUCCCUCGGUUGCGUGGUGCGCAACAGAAACAGCUUCUCCAUUGGCUGCCAUUUCGAAUGUUGGUCCUCGGCUUCAAGCAGGUGGACGUGGUUGAUGGUUACAACAACAGUGGUAUGAGGAUUUCUCACUGUGCUGCCAUGUGCGAUAGAGCGGACGUUCUCGAUUGUAUCCAGCGGUUGAACCCAGAUGUUGUUGGCAAGAUGGACAAGCAAGGCAGAACAAUUGAUACGUUUGCUAGAGACAGCAAUGCUUCCUCAGUUCUCCUGUGGAUUGAGCGGAGAGCUGCAGGUGUUCUUGUUGGCACUACUCUUGCUUCCCACUACAGAAGGCGGAUGGCCGUCCGUCAGAAGGAUUCUGCAUUGGAGCAGUUGCGCAAGAUUCAAUGGGUAUGGAAGGGGGCAUUGACUCGCAAAAUGUACAGAGCCCUGAUUGAGAUGCGACUUGACCAGCGCAAAAGGUACACAAUAUUGUGGGGGCGGUUGGAUGAAGAGUUGCAACCUAAAGCUUUGUUCAGUAAAUGGAGCUCCUGGGAUUCACUAAAAAAUGCUCGAUUCAAUCUGGCUGCUAAUCUUGAUCAGCUACGGGAAUACGGGGACACAUUCAAGCAGCUGGACGAUGCGGCAAACGAAGUAUUCUAUGAUUCUGAUGAAGAAGUCCAAGCAAGUCUGUCCACAGAGAGGGCAGAAGAAGAAAAGAAAGACGAUGCUGUUGGUUUGUGCAGUCAGGAAACAGUUCAGGAUUCACGGUUGGAGCCACAAGAUGGUGUUCUGCGAUCACUGCCUCUCAUGGACAACAUAAAACUCACCAAGCAAGUUCUUGCUUGGAUCAGAAAGAAUGAGGGAAAAUAUGUAGACCUCUUUCUGCGGAGAAUUGAACAGCUCGCCUCAGGUCAAAGGAGCCGGAUUUUGCAGAAAGGCCUCGUGGGGUCCAACACUGCAAUCUACGAAACCUAUUUAGAGCAGAAGUCGGCUCAAAGGAUCAUGUGGACACCAUGCGUGGAAGACGGAAAGAACUGCAUUCUUGUUUGGUACGUCGCACGACACAAAGAGGUGUCACGCCUCAUGGAGUUGAUCGAUCAGAGCCAGAAGCGAACGGCCAGAGAUUUUGUGUCCGCAACUACCCUCUACGCAGAUAAUGGCGAUUUGGUGGAUGGCACUAUCGUCAUAGAUCCCAACGAUGUCCUCCUCGAUCCCAUUGCCGACGUUCCCUUGAAGCUACACCAGAUCCGACGAAAUGAAAUAGGGAAGCUUGCUUCGUCUUCGUGGGUUCCUCCACUUCGAUUAACACCUGAAGAACGUUUGUGUGUGGAGAAAGAGGGCACCGUCCUGCUACUGGGAAGAUCGGGAACUGGCAAGACUCUUUGCAUUGCUAACAGAAUAUUGCGAGACGCCAACGAGAACAAGACAGGCUUCAAGGCAUUGUUUGUGGCCAGGUCGAAGAAAAUUUGUAGGCAUGUACGCGCACUCGUUGGCGACAACUGGGAAACUGCCGACGAAGAUGCAGAUGCAUCCAAAAUGAAGCCAGAGUACGUGUCAUUCGCUGAACUUUUAGACCGACUAGGCGAGACUCUCGGAGAGUUGCGAAUGUUUCGUACGAGGCGCAGUUACGUUGAUUUUCAGCGAUUUCGCCGUGAGUUGCUCUAUAGAGGCUCUCUGGAGACAACAGAUUCUCUUGACCCGCUUGUGAUCUGGGCGCAGAUCCGGACCUUCAUCAAGGGCAGUAUCGAAGCGGUGCAAAGGAGAAGACCACUAAGUUUGGAUGAAUAUCUUGCGUUGGGGAAAAAGCAAUGUCGCCUCAGCUUGGAACAAAGGAAUCUAGCAUACUCAGCGUUCGUGUACUACAACGAUCAAAUGCAGAAGAGGGGCUUUUGGGAUGAUUGUGACAAAUGCUCAUGGUUUUUGCAGGCUCUUCAGAGACUUGACUCAACUCAGCUCCAUGAAUUGCAGUUCUGCCGAGUGUAUGUAGAUGAAGUCCAAGAUUAUACACAAGCUCAACUUGCUCUUUUCUACACACUCUGCCGAGAGAAGAGCCUCUUUCUGGCUGGGGACAAUGCACAAUCUGUCGAAGAGGGUGUGGACUUUCGAUUUGAAGAUCUGCGUGCUGUGGCUUACGUGCUUUACGAAGGAGACACGCAUUACAUUCCGCAGAAGCCCUUGAAGGUGAACAAGAACUUUAGAUCACACGCAGGUAUCUUGGAUCUGGCUGCGAGUAUUCUCGAGCGACUUUUUGCUGCCUUCCCCGCUAGCACACGCAAACUGCCACCAGACAGAGGAGUCUUCGUUGGCCCGCGUCCUGGAAUCCUAUCGCUGGACCAGAAAGGUUUAGACCUGCUUCUGCAAAGAAACCCAAGACUUUUUGUUUUGAUGCACGAUGAGAAGGUGGCAUCCAUGAGGGAUGCGCUCCAAGCCAAAAACAACGUUUUUCGUGAUGUGGUCAUUGUGAACUUCUUCUGCGAUCUAGAAGAGGCCCACCAAAAAGCUUGGCAGGAGCUACUGAGAGAUCGCGACUAUGCUGUCAAAUUCGAGAUUGCUCCGGGAUAUCCUCAGCUCGAGGGGCAUUUGAAGCUUCUCUAUACUGCAAUCACACGCACAUCCAGGAGGCUCUUUUUUGUGGAAAAAAGGCAAUCUAUUGCAGGCAGGGCAUUCUUUCGUUGGCUGGCCGCCACGAAGAAGCUUGCGGAGAAACUGGAUGCCUCCAAGAUGGAGACAGUAAUGACACCGGAUGAGUGGAGGUGCCUCGGUGUGGAUUUGGCAGUCAACGCGGAAGACACGGAUGAGAGUUAUAAGGCACUCGAAUGGCUCGAUCGAGCCAUCCAUUGCUUUGAGCAAGUGGGGGAAGAAGCACUCUUGAAAAAGGCUCGCGCUCAUGAGAAAAGCCUCAAGCUCCGACUUGAAGCGGACCAGGACAAGGGCUUGGAGGUUACCGAAGACAAAGAACAAGAGAUUUGCGAUGCCGCUUACGCCUGUGCAAGGGAGGGCGUCAUACCAGAGCUGUUCAGGUUGGUCUCUACUUUUCUCCCCAAGCUGAACAGUAUCACUCAAGACGGACUGGAGAGUGAUUUGUUGGAAAAGAUCAAGGACUUCGUUUGA